AUGCCCCCCGCAGCCAACCGUGCUCUCGCUACAAAAGAGGCCAAGCUUUUUAGGGAGAUCCUCAAAAAGUUCCCCGAACACGGAGAGACGCUAUGCAUGAAGGGUCUCAUCCUUACGCACAUGGGACGGCGAGAGGAGGGCUUGGAGCUGGUCAAGAAGGGCAUGCGGUCGGACCUGACAUCGCACAUCUGCUGGCACGUCUUCGGUCUGAUCCAGAAGGGAGAGAAAAAUUACGAGGAGGCUCUCAAGUCGUACACACAAGCACUCAGGUUUGACAAAGAGAACCUGAACAUCUUGAGGGAUUCAGCGCAUUUGCAAACGCAGCUCCGGUUAUAUGACGGCCUCGUCGACACGCGACAUGCCCUCCUUCGACUCAGGCCUACUCUGCGGCAGAACUGGGUCGGUCUUGCAGUGGCGUAUCACCUGAGUGGUAAUCUCCCCGACGCACGAAAAGUGUUGGAGCAGUAUGAGGCGGUUCUCAAGAAUGUUCCAGACUACGAUGUAGAACACUCGGAGGUCCUACUCUAUCAUGUCCGUCUCUUGGAAGAAAUAGGCGACACAAGUGCAGCGCUCGCGUUUCUCGAUGCCAACUCAAAAUCGAGAGCAAUCGUCGACAGAAUCACCAUCAUGGAAUACAGAGCCCGCCUCAUGUCCAAGCUGAAGAUGCCUGAAGCCAACAAUACAUGGCGGGACCUCAUUGAACAAAAUCCGGACUUUUACGCGUACUAUAGAGGUUACCUGCUGAACAACGGCGUAGAUCUAGAUGACAUUACAGACGAGACCCGCGACCAAGCGCUGCAAACACUGGAAGAGUUUUCGACUGCCCUUCCUCGCGCUGCAGCUCCCAAGCGACUAGCGCUGAACAUUGCCAACGGUGAUCGGUUCAAGGAGCUUGCGACAGCCUAUCUCACCGCAGCUCUGGAGAAGGGUGUCCCGUCCCUAUUCGCCGAUGUGAAGGCCUUGUACCGGGACUCUGCGAAGCGGCAAGCGAUACAAGACAUCGUUGAGGGUCUGCGCGAAGAGCUUUCCGUUACUGCAGAGCCACCAAAAGCACUACUCAUCCUGUCUGACCACGCCCGUGCGCUCGAGCUUUUGGAUCUGGGUAUCGUACACACGCCGACGCUACCAGAACUGUACGCAUUCAAGGGCAGGGUGCUCAAGCGAUGCGGGGAUCCGUUCGGUGCCGCGCUCUGCCUGGACGAGUCUCGCGUGCUGGAUCUUCAAGAUCGCUUCCUGAACACGAAGUGCGCGAAGUACCGGCUCAGGGCGGGCUUUGUUGAUGAGGCCAGUGAGAUUCUGGGGUUGUUCACAAAGAAAGAUGCCGCAAGUCCUGGCGCCGAUUUGGAGGACAUGCAGUCUCUCCUUUAUCUCAGCGAAGAGGCCGACGCGCACCUGCGGAAGGGUAACCUCGGCGCGGCGCUGAAGAAGUACUUGGUCGUUCAAAAAGUGUUCAACGAGUUUGAGGAUGACCAGUUUGACUUCCACGGAUAUUCGCUCAGGAGAUUUACCAUCAACGUCUACCUCGACAUGAUCUCAUGGGAAGAUCGGCUGCGAUCCCAUCCUGCGUACAUUCAUACAGCCAUUAAUGCAUCUAAGAUAUGGGUGCAACUGUACGACGACCCCUCAAUAGCAAGGUCGAAAUCCGCAGGAGCUGGUGUCAGCGACGCGGAGAAAAAGGCCAAGAACAAGGCCAAGAAGGCAGCGAAGAAGGUUCAGGAGGAAGUCAAGAAGGCCACGACGACAACAUCGGGCGAAGAUAAGGGGCUGGAGCCACAGCCAGCGAAGGAUGACGAUCCGACGGCGACAAGCUCUUGCAGGCGUCAGAUCCUCUCGAGCGAGCUGCGAAACAACGUCGACGCGUGGAUAGCCACCUACGACGUGGCGGUGCGACAUAAGAAAUACCUGCAGGCAGUGAAGGCUCUCAACAGCGCGCAUGCCCUGGACCCGGAGCACCCGGAGCUGCACCUUCGUCUGGCACAUUUCAGACAUACACUCUCUUCCGCAUCUCAACUACCGCCGGAGCCCAUGGGUCCGGUCGUUAAGGAUGCGCUGGCAAAACUGCUCCCGGACGAACUGUCCUUGGAACAUUUCAACGCGCAAUAUCAGCAGAAGCACUCUUCGAGCGGCAAGGCGAUACUCGCCUCCGCCAAGGUCUCGCGAUUGCUGAGUGCGCCUGUGGAGCAGAUCGAGGCUCUGUCUUCAGUGUGUUCAACCCGGACGUGUCGCUUGAUAUCAAGACUGCGCUCGACGCGCUCGCUUUCCUGAAGGUGGUCGGCUCAUCAAGGGUGGAGGAGUUCAGGACAGCGUGCGACGGCCGGUUCGAGCGGUCCACCGUGUUCAAGUCGCCCGCCGCGCAGGCCGCGCUUCGGUGGAACGCUGCGGAGACGGACGCGGUGAACGGAGGGGUGGACAAGCCCGAGGUCGCCGGCUGAUGAUGUGUUGUAUGAUCUUGUACCUCUAUCGGUGUCGUGCUGGCACUGUGCCUUUGCAGUAUAUGCUUUCGUCACAUCCGACACCCACCGCGUUCAGGUCGGUGCGCGCACGACUGAUGUAUGCCCACCGUGCGGGUGGAGGUUCAUGUCGACGCAAUACAGUAGUCGGGGAUUGGACCACCACGUCCCGAAAGAGGGUAAAUAUACUGACCAGCGUACCGAUUUGCGCACUAGUGUCAAACAAUCGAAGCGUCCUUCCCCCGUUACUGUAGCCGAUCUAUCCGUCCAACCCCGCC